AUGAACGGGAAACUAAUCUCUAGGGUAUUUGAACUAGUCAAUGUAUUAGGCAAUGGGGAGAGAAUAGUUGGAUUUUGGACACUGGCUGAUGGAAUCACUAAAGAAAUGAAUCCAUCUAUUAGUGAAAAAUAUCCGAGGUCUUCAAGUACUAAUAUAGGUCUUGAAACCAUUAUCUGGCCGGGAGGAUCUACAACUACUCCAAAAGGUUGGUUGAUGCAAAUGAAAUGUAGAAAGCUAAGAAUUGGUAUACCAGUGAAUCAAGGGUUCGAAGAGUUGAUAAAGGUGCAGCGUGAUCCUCAAACAAAUGCAACAACUGCCAUUGGUUUCUCCAUUGAUGUAUUCAAUGCUGCCAUUGAUGGCUUACUAAAUACUGAAUCAUAUGAGUUUAUUCCAUUUGAGGAUUCCAAUGGGGAGUCGGCAAGAAACUAUAAUGAUCUUGUAUAUCAAGUCUAUCUUCAGAAUUAUGAUGCUGUCGUGGGGGAUACUGCAAUAACGGCCAAUAGAUCUCUAUAUGUUGACUUUACAAUGCCAUAUACCGACUUGGCUGUUGGAACAAUAGCAAGGGUUGACAAUAAGAACAUGUGGAUCUUCUUGAAGCCACUUGAUUCAAAUCUAUGGCUGACAAGUGCUGCUUUCUUUAUCCUAACCGACUUUGUUGUUUGGGUUAUUGAACAUCCAAUAAAUGAAGAAUUCCAAGGUUCAGCUUCUCAGCAAAUUGGAACGGUCUUCUGGUUUUCCUUCUCAACCCUUGUUUUUGCUCAUAGAGAAAAGUUAUUAAGUAAUUUGUCAAGAUUUACAGUAAUUGUUUGGGUGUUCGUUGUGCUUAUAUUGACUUCAAGUUACACUGUAACUUUAUCUUCAAUGCUGACGGUCCAACAGAUACUGCUAACAUCAAAAGAGAAUUACAUAGGAUACCAAAGUGGCUCUCUCAUAAAAGGAGAUAUUGUCAGCAACCUGAAUUUUGAAGACACUAACCUUAUGCAAUAUUCUUCGCCUAAGGAAUAUGCAGAUGCUUUAUCAAGGGGGACUAAAUAUGGUGGUGUUCUCGCUAUCAUUGAUGAGAUCCCAUACGUCAAGAUCUUCCUUGCAAGAUAUUCCCAAGAUUAUGCCAUGAUCGCAUCAGAAUCAAAGACCAAUGGCUUUGGCUUUGUUUUCCUGAAAGGUUCACCAUUGGUUCCUGAAAUUUCAAGGGCAAUUAUGAAACUGAGAAUAGAAGGAAAGCUUAUGAUGAUGGAGAAGGCAUGGUUUAAUAGUGAAUCAUCUUUUAUGUCCCAACAGGACUCUUUGAGUAGCCCCAGCAAUAAUCCCAACGCUCUGAACCUCGACAAUUUUAGUGGUUUAUUUCUGAUUAAUGGGAUCGGUUCAGCUUUAGCUCUUGUCAUAUUCUUAAUCAAUUUGCUUUGUGAAAAAUGGAAUGUCAUAAAGUAUUAUUUUGUAGGCAUAGUUGGGGGAAAAUUAGUGCAUACGGUAAGUAAUGCAACUUUAGAUAUCACUAUUGGGCUAAAACACAUUCUAAUUUCCCAAAUGUUGGGGCCAACCCUUGUUAACGAAUGA